CACAAAGAGAGUAAGUCAGGUUGGGCAGACAACCUAAAUGCAGUUUGGUUUGUCUUCCUUUCACCACUUCAUACUGCAGGAGGAAAUCAGAAGGUCAGCUUCACGGUGAACUUUUAGGAAAUGUGGAGGAAAAAACACAGACAACAUGUGCUUAAGGAGCGAGGACACUGGAGCAGCAAGGUGGAGUUUCUUCUGACUGCUGCCGGGAACAUUGUGGGCCUGGGCAAUGUGUGGAGGUUUCCGUACUUGUGCUACAAAAACGGCGGCGGUGCAUUCCUGGUGCCAUAUCUGGUGUUUAUUGUCACGUGUGGUGUACCGCUCUUCCUUUUGGAGACCACCAUGGGCCAGCACACCCAAGAGGGCGCCGUCACCUGCUGGAAGAAGAUGUGCCCACUGGCUGAAGGUAUCGGCUAUGGCGAGCAGCUGAUCCAGCUGUACAACUGCAUGACCUACAUCAUUAUUCUGUCCUGGGCUCUCUUCUACCUGGUGUUCUCCUUCAACUCUACGCUGCCCUGGAGCACCUGCGACAACUACUGGAACACAGCAAAUUGUGUUGAUGUUACAAUAAGGAACCACACCAACCACACCAAAGGAACCGCAGCAGCAACGGAGUUCUGGGAACGUCGAGUGUUGAAUAUCUCAGGGGGUAUUGAGGAGAUUGGCAGCAUCAGGUGGGAGGUGCUUCUCUGCCUCCUGGCUAUGUGGGUCGUUUGUUACUUCAGCAUAUGGAAAGGGGUCAAAUCAACUGGAAAGGUGGUGUAUUUUACGGCCACUUUCCCUUAUGUGAUGCUACUCAUCCUUUUGAUCCGAGGAGUCACUCUUCCGGGAGCCAGACAAGGAGUGGAGUUCUACCUUCUGCCCGAGCUGUCGCGACUUACAGACCCUCAAGUUUGGAUGGAGGCCUGCUCACAAAUCUUCUUCUCGUACAGCCUCGGUGUGGGCACCUUGAUUGUACUGGGAAGUUACAACACCCACAGCAACAAUUGCUACAAGGACUGUAUGUUGCUGUGUUUGCUGAACAGUUGUACCAGUGUGGUAGCUGGCUUUGCUGUCUUCUCGGUGCUGGGAUUCAUGGCUCACGAGCAAGGUGUCCCUGUCUCAGAAGUGGCUGAGUCAGGUCCAGGCUUGGCAUUCAUCGCGUACCCUCAGGCGGUGGCCAUGAUGCCGCUGCCUCAAGUGUGGGCCGUCUGCUUCUUCGUCAUGAUCAUCCUCCUGGGCCUGGACUCACACUUUGUCGGCAUUGAGGAGGUGAUGACGUCUGUCUCAGACAUGUUUCCCAAAGUGAUGCGUCGAACGGGCCGGCGGGAAUUUGUCCUUCUGCUCUUUUGCCUCAUGUGUUUCUCCUUGCAGCUCAUCAUGAUUACUGAGGGAGGGAUGUACAUCUUCCAGAUUUUUGACUACUACGCUUGCAGUGGAGCCUGCAUCCUCUUUGUCUGUGUGUUUGAAAGCUUGGCAGUGGGCUGGAUAUUUGGAGCGGAGCGGCUGUGUGGCAUCAUCGCGGACAUGACAGGCGAGCGUGUCAACCCGUUCUUCAAAAUCUGCUGGCUCUUCGUGACGCCUUUGAUUUCAGUGGGUUGUUUUAUAUAUUCUCUAGUUGAAUACAAACCACUGACAUUCAACCGAUUUUACGUGUAUCCCACCUGGGCAUACGUGUGGGGCUGGGUGAUGGCCGUCUCCUCCAUCGUGCAGGUACCGGCCUGGGCAUUGUACAAGCUAAGCACCACCACCGGAACCCUCAGUCAGCGUCUCCAUCGCCUGUGCUGGCCCGAGCCACCUGACCGCUCGCAGACCCUAACGAGAGAGACGAUGCUGCCACAGACCAUUGAGGAGAAUAAUGCAUGAUUCUAACAUUUCAAAAAGAAACACAGAUGAACAGAUUCAAAACUCCCAUAUCGAAGCAGCUAUGUACAUGAUUCGAAAACUACAAAGUAUCCCAUGUCAUUGGUGUUUCCUAAUCUUCAUGGAUCAGUUUUUUUUUUUUUUCUCGUCACCGUGCUAAAAUGCUGAACAGCUCAUCAUGCAGGAACACAUUGAUCUAGCAAUGGGUGUGUUUAUUGUAGUAAAUGAAUCUUCUGAGUUCUUUAUACUUUACUUGAUGAAAAUACACAGAACUAGAAAAAAAGACCCACCUA